CACACACACUUACAGAACUGCCAUGGAGAUACUCCUUCCUUCCAUGACCAUUACUGACAAAAUCUUCCUCUGUAAAACCCUAGUUCUUCCCAAACCCUCAACCAGAGCCCUAACACGUACAAAACCCCAAUUCUCUCGUUCAUCCAAACUCCCUCCUUCAGCACAUAUCCCACGUCGUAAAACCACCUCCUACAAACAAAACACAGUCCAAUUCGACGAUCUCCACGAAAAUUGGACCCUCAAACGAACUCUACUCGAGAAGCUCAAGCAUAAAGACUCUGACCCAGUUCGGAUUCUCGAAGAAGAUGGAGAUUGGAGCAAAGAACUCUUCUGGGCUGUUGUUGGAUUCCUCAAUCAAACCUCAAGAUCGAACCAGAUUCUUCAGGUGUUUGAUGAAUGGUCUAGCAAAGACGAAUCUCGAGUUAGCGUGUUUAAUUACGAGAGAAUUGUAAGGUUGUUGGUUGAGGAGGGAUUGGUUGAUAUUGCAGUGUUGGCUUUAAACCAGAUGAAAGAUAUUUGGGGUGUGCAGCCAUCGUCCGAGAUUUACCGUUUGAUCGUCUACGGUUUUGUUAAAAGCGAUCGAUUUGAAGACGCGUUGUUUCAUCUUAAGGUGAUGGAAGAUAAUGAAAUGAAGCCACAUGCUUCAAUAUAUAACGGGCUGAUUAAAUCAUAUGCGAAGAAUGGUUUGUAUGAUGAAAUGGCGAAAUGUGUGAAGAGAAUGGAAUCGAACGGAUGCUUCCCGGAUCAGUCGACUUACAAUUUGCUAAUUAGGGAGUUUUCACUAGCGGGAUUGAUCAAGAGGAUGGAAAGAACAUACAGGAUUGUGAUCUCGAAAAAGAUGGAUCUUGAAGCUUCUACCGUCAUGGCAAUGCUCGAGGCGUAUGCUAGUUUUGGGGAUUUGGAGAAGAUGGAAAAGAUUUAUAGAACAGUUAUGAGGUUGAAACCGAGAGUUUAUUUGAACGAUGAUUUGAUUCGUAAAGUGGCCGCUGUUUAUAUAGAAAACUACAUGUUUUCUAAGUUAGACGAUAUGGGUAUCAGACUUUAUUCCAGAACCGGCAACACGAACAUCAUGUGGUGUUUAAGAAUGCUUUCGCAUGCUUGUCUUCUGAGCCGAACGGGAAUGGAGUCUAUCGUGCGUGAAAUGGACUACAGGAAAGUUAAAUGGAGUGUGACUAUCGCAAACACAAUACUAUGUGCGUAUGCCAAAAUGAAAGAUUUUAGACGCUUUAAAGGCGUGAUCUUGGAAAUGGAAGCUCGAAAUGUGAAACCCGACAUUGUUACUUGUGGGAUUUUGUAUGAUGCACAUGGGUUUGGGUUUGAUGAGUUGGAUUAUAGGAUAAAGAUGGGAUUUUUUGGGGAUGUUGUGGAGUUAAAAACUGACCCUUUGGUUCUUGUUGCUUUUGGAAAGGGGGAUUUUCUAAAGAUUGUUGAAGAGGUUGACCAUACAAGGAGUCAAGGUUGGAGUUAUGAGCAUCUAAUCGAUUUGGUUAAGCAGCGUCAACAAGGCAUAUGAUGUCAUUUGGGGUUGAUUAAGUGAAUAUCAUCCUCACUAAUUUUGGCAUGACUUUAGGAGUGUAAACUAGUCAAGCUGAAUAUUUUUCAUGUGUGUAUAUAUAUAUAUACUUAUGUAACAUAAAGCAUCGGUUCUUUCUAUUUUACACUUCUAAAUUCCGUCUUUGAGUGCUUACCUGUAUAUUAUUUUUCAUUGUUCAAAGCUCCUUUACGGGUCAUUCAUAAACUCGAUGGGCUAAGAAAGCGGUUCUUGCGGGGAGGGAAGGAAGGGAAAAACUGCAUCCAUUGGGCGUUGGGAGAAAGUGACUAGGCCGAUAAAUAAAGGGGGGGGGGGGGGCUAGAGUUGACUUCCCUCAGAUUUUAACCUCAGCCUGCUGACCACAUUUUCACGGGGUGCCUAUUUUUGAAUGAGGUUUGGCAAGCUGUGUCAGCUGCCAAAAUUUACGCCUUUUCUACAAAAGACAUUCUCAACCUCCACACAAGUUUAGAAGACGGAAAGACUUAUAGGCGGAUGACUCAAUCAGUUCUGCUUAUGGCCUGCUGGAUUCUUUGGAAGUCAAUAAUAUCGUCUUCAACCGCAAGAAAGCAAAGGCUGCAGGUGUUGUGCAGGAGCUGAAAAUAUUAGGCCUGCUGUGGAUUAAAAAUAGGGCCAGGAAAGUGAGUUUGGAUGAGUCAAAGUGGAACAGUUUUGUUUCUGAUUAGUUUGCUGUUGUGUUUGUUGUUUUGUUGUCUGCUAGCUUCUUGCUAGUGUUGGAAUAAAAUAUCGCCUUUUAAAAAAAAUCUAAACUUCUGUUGUAGACGUUUGAAUGUCCGAACAUUCGAUCUUAUUCUUUGAACAUCCA